AUGGCUCGCGGUGCUCAACCGGUCGCUGAACCGUCCGAGUUCGAAAAGCAACGGCUUGCCAACAUCGCCGAACGGGACGCCCUCCUUCGCAAAUUGACCCAGGAGGCGCAACAGGCAGGGUUAUACUCCAAGCCGGCGCCCAGUACCCUCCAUGGCCAGAAACGGCCGGCGAAACGAAAAGAGCCACCCUCGAAGAGGGUGAAGAAGGAGGACGUCACCCCUCGCCGUGUGUCGUCGAGACUCGCGGGACUCCAGGCGGACAGCGAGGUGGUCAAGCAAAAGGCCGAGGAAGCGUACGAGAAGGCGAAAGAGGAGGAGCGGCAGCGUCGACAGCGCGUCACGGGCGAUUUGAGCUUCGGUUCGAGCCUGUUAAUCGGGACGGACGUGCUCCUCAAGGGCGUCGCGAAGCCCUACGAGCGCACCUUCGACGAGGACGACAUCCGCGAAACGGGCGACAAGGACUUGAAGGCGCUACGGGAGCGCAUGAGUGGUCUCGAGGUGUGGGAUCAAUGGGAGCCGAACCGGAUCAAGAUCACCCCGGAGAGGAUAUACACUAUGAGUUUCCACCCGGCUGCAACAAAACCGAUUGUAUUUGCAGGUGACAAGCUCGGGACAUUAGGGAUCGUCGACGCGUCGCAGACUCCCAACACGACGAAUGUGAAGACAGAAGGUGGUGAGGAUGACGACGAUGACGACGACUACGAUGAUCCAGAUCCAGAAAUCACCCAAAUCAAACCUCACACCCGAACCAUCUCGGCCAUGCACACCCACCCCAGCAAACCCGAGACGAUAUACACGGCGUCGUACGACUCGUCGAUCCGCGCGACGGACCUGACAAAGGCCGUCGCCGUCGAGGUGUACGGCCCCGUGGACAAGGAGGACGACGAGCCCGUGUCGGGGGUCGACAUGGCCGCGACCGACCCCAACGUCUUGUACUUUACGACCCUCAACGGCGCGUUUGGCAAGUACGACACGCGGCAGGACGCCUCCAAGGCAGAGUUGUAUCGGUUGUCGGAGAAGAAGAUAGGUGGGUUCAGCCUGAACCCCUCGGCGCCUCACUACGUCGCGACCGCGUCCCUGGACCGGUCCAUGAGGCUGUGGGAUCUGCGGAAGAUGACCAAGUCGUCCCCCGUCCUCGUCGGGCAGCACGAGUCGAGGUUGAGCGUGAGUCACGCUGCCUUCAACUCGGCCGGACAGGUCGCCACCACGAGCUACGACGACACCAUCAAGAUUCACUCCUUCGGCGUCAAAGGGUUGAGUCCCAAUAAGGCCGCCGCGUUGGAGAGUAUGGAGACUUGGAAGGCAGGGUACACGCUCGAUGAAGAGGUCAUGAAGCCUGAGGUGGUUAUACGGCAUAACAAUCAAACAGGUCGAUGGACUACCAUACUCAAACCGAGAUGGCAAAUGUUUCCUCAAGAUAAUAUCCAGAAAUUGGUGGUUGGGAAUAUGAAUAGAUUCGUCGACGUGUACUCUGCCGAUGGAACCCAACUCGCCCAAUUAGGUGGCGAAGGUAUCACCGCCGUCCCCGCCGUUGCCGUGUUUCAUCCCACCAAAGAUUGGAUAGCAGGUGGUACGGCUUCUGGAAAAUUAUGCCUUUGGAUGUGAUUUGGUGAAUGUGAUGUGACGUCCGCACAUGUACGUCGACGGGGGAUCGGGCAUAGAAUCACCUAGGUAUCAUAUCAUGAAUACUAUCAAGUGGUUAUGCUACGUUAUGGACGACUUUCUU